AGGAAACGGGGAGGGGCGAGUCGACGUACCUGACACAAGGCACCGGAUAGGAUGGAGACAACGCGACGUCCUCGCGCUGGGGGUCGGCCAGGCUCCCCUAGAACCGCAGUCGCUCCUUCUCCUCAGCGGACAGGUCCGGCAGCAGGUCCAAUAGCGACGGCGCCUUCCAAGCCGCCGCCGAUCCCAUCUCUCCCGGCAACGGCACGGCGGCAGGCGUCCCCGAGGGAGGCGGAGGCGGCGGCGGUGGCAACUGGGCCUUCAAGGGCGAAACGGCCCGGUCCGCCCACAAUUCUAGCCGCUGGGUGGGGUAGAGUACACACCAGCUUCAAACUCCAAGCCCAGCCCAUAAAACCUAUCGGCUUCUAGACCAAGCCACAAUUCGGAAACAACUAACAAAAAUUAUGCAAUUUCGGACAAAAAUAGCCCUCUCUGAUUCACGGCAUCUUCGCCUUCCUCCAUUUCAAAUUUUUGGGUUUUGUCCCCAUUCCCUCCUGGCCUCCUCCCCCAGCAGCUCGACCUCCCUUCGAUUCGCUUCAUCUCCGCUGCCGUUCCGUUCCAUGGCCACCUCCCAGCCCGCACCUCGCGACGCCUCCCCAGCCCGCUGUUGACCGGAUCGGUUCACGCCCCGUCGGCCGCCAGGGAACCCUAGCGCCGCGGAUCCGCCUCUCCGGCGAGAUGCCGGUGAGCCCCAUCGCCGCCGCCUAUGGAGAGCAGGGAUAGCUUCCUUCGGCCCCCAACACCCUACCACGCCGCCGGAGCCAGUGCCGGAAAGGGCACCACUGCCCCUACCGGCGGGGACACGGCCGCCGGCAACCUGACGUCGUCGUCGGGGUCGUCCUCGUCUCUCACGAUCUCCCCUACCGCCUUACUGAGAGAGAUUCAUGCCGCUGUCAAGCGCCAGAGGCCUCCUGGCUCACUUCAGACAAGCUUUCCAAGAGCGACUCGGGUUCUGGUCUCCAGAGCCGAGCGGACAAAUAAAGCUGGACCCAGCACUUCUGAAGUGAAAAAUCGUGAAGGAAAGGUCAUGCAGUCUCAGAGAGGCCUGUUGGGACCCUCCAGGCUUCAAAAUGCCACGCCUGAUCAACAAAAAAUUUCUGGCACGGCUAAAUUGGGAUACUCUACUCCAGAUGAGUUGAUGUUGACGACACCCUCAGUGUUAAAAAAUAGCACAGAUACCUGUGGGCAGAGUGUUGACCAGAACUACCACCAGAAGACUCAGGCUAAUCUGUUGGCUGAUAGGGAGAAGUCAUCUCUGGAAGCUUCAUCUCAAAUUGCAUCUCGCAAUUCAUUGGUGGCGGAAAGUUUUAAGAAAGAACAGUUUAACUCAGUUGUUGAUCCACAGUUAACUUCCCAGAGUGAUAAUGUAGGGAUCACUGUUGAUAGUAGAAUGGACAGUAUGUUGUCUUAUCUGCAUUCUGUUUCAUUGACAGCAGGAGAAAGUAAUCCUGCAGAUCAUGGAGCACAGUAUCACCAGCAGAAGCAUCAGGAGCUUGAAAUUGCUGAUGCAGCUGUCGAUAUGGAGCUGUCGAUAUCACCAGCUGAUGCGCCUAAUUUGUCUCAGAGAGGGAUUGAAGAGGCUCGUAAUCAGAAUCAUGGAGAGCCAAUGACCCGUUGCUCUGCCAUUGGUUCAUCUGUUACUGCUGUAUCAAUACACUCAGGGCCUACUGUCCAAAGUUCACAAGCUCCACAGAGUAGCGGAUAUGCUUCACCAAUGCAGAUGCCAGAAUCUGCUGCAGAAUCAUCUAAAGGUGUAUUGGGCCAUUGUCCUCAAAAGGAGCAUGCAGUUGCGACGGGUGUUGGUGAUUGGAUUCCCCUCGAUCAGCAGGCUCGUGUAGGCAAUGGUGCCACAGACAAAGCUGCUUCCAGUGUUGGCAGUUUGCGAGCUGAAGGCUUACCUGCAAAUGACCAGUCUACAUCUGCCAGGGAUGGUGGUGCUCCCCGACCAAACAAGGGUGAGAAGGAGCGGCACAAAAAGAAUUAUGAUCCUAAUGUGUUCUUUAAGGUGAAUGGGAAACUUUAUCAGAAACUUGGUAAAAUAGGAUCCGGGGGUAGCAGUGAAGUCCACAAAGUUAUAUCAUCAGAUUGCACAAUAUAUGCCAUGAAAAAGAUCAAACUUAGGGGCCGUGACUACCCCACUGCCUAUGGUUUUUGCCAAGAAAUUGAGUAUCUAAAUAAGUUGAAAGGGAAGAGCAAUAUCAUACAGCUGAUUGAUUAUGAGGUCACUGACAAAAGUUUGCUUCUAGAAGGUUCCAUGUCACCCAGGGAUGGAACAAUUAAGGAUGACCACUAUAUUUACAUGGUCCUGGAGUAUGGUGAAAUCGACUUAGCUCAUAUGGUUGCUCAGAAGUGGAAGGAGAGGAACAACUCUAAUAUGAAAAUUGAUGAAAAUUGGCUACGCUUUUAUUGGCAGCAAAUGCUUGAAGCUGUCAAUACAAUACAUGAUGAACGGAUAGUGCACUCUGAUUUGAAGCCUGCCAAUUUUAUGCUUGUAAGGGGCUCGCUUAAACUUAUUGACUUUGGCAUUGCCAAAGCAAUAAUGAAUGAUACAACAAACAUUCGACGUGAUGCUCAGGUAGGGACACUGAACUACAUGUCGCCUGAAGCAUUCAUGUGCGACGAUACCGACUCAGGUGGUAACAUUAUCAAGUGUGGGCGCCCCUCUGAUAUUUGGUCUCUUGGCUGUAUUCUUUAUCAGAUGGUGUAUGGUAAGACACCUUUUGCAAACUACAAGAGUUUUUGGGCCAAAUAUAAAGAAGUGACUGAUAGGAAUCACAAGAUCAUCUAUGAACCAGUUGACAACCCAUGGCUCAUUGAUUUGAUGCAAAGGUGUCUUGCAUGGGACCGGAACGAUCGAUGGAGAAUACCUCAGCUACUUCACCAUCCUUUCCUCAAUCCUCCGGUUCCCAGGGAUGUGCCUCCUGUCAACCAUGAUCCAUGUAGGUUGCUGAUGGAGAGAAUCAGAGUUCACUGGGAUAAUCCAGUGGUUCAAAAACUUCGUAGUGUAAUUGAAAAGCUUGAUGAGGAUCAGUGCUAGGAAGAAGGAAUGAACGUUCAUAAUUGAGUGCUUUACUUUCUGUAUCGCUCUGGUUUUUGUGAGUUGUAGUAGGUAUCUGUUGUAUUUUGUAAAUAGUACCUUCAUCAGUUGGACUCGUGGGAGCAGUUUUUUGGUGGUGCCCUCUGCCCUGGCAUUCUUUGCCCCCUGGUGUUUGGAAGUUGAUGGUGUAACAGGUUUUCAGAAAUGCCAGCUGAGUAAUGUUAAAUUGAAGGUCAAUCUGUUGUCUGUUUAAGGUCCAUUUGUUGUCUGUUGGGUGCAGGAAGCAUCUCCUGGUGUACAUAGUUGAAACAUUAGGUGGUUUGUGACUGUGUUUUCGGUUGCCUUAAUUUGUCACUGGACGGCGAGAACCCUCCAGUUUUGAAGGGCUAAUGGGACUUGUAUCCUUUGUCCUUUUACAGGAUUAGAAUUUUCAUUUGUGCA